AAAAGCGGAUGUUUUCCACUCUGAAGAACUUCCGGGUUGCGCCGCUAGCAGCUAGCAUCCUUCGGAACAAACAACACUUGUAAACAUGGCAGAGAGACGCUUCAACGCGAUGAAGAUGUUGUUUAUUGCUUUUCUUUCUCCUUGUUGGGUAAAUGGCGCUGUUAAACCAAGACUUUCUACGGAAGAUAUUCAGGAAGAUUACCCAGAGUUAGAUACUUUAAACGGCAUCCUGUCAGAUUAUGAAGUGUUGCCCCUGUCAGGCUUCCAGUUCCAUUCUGUAAGGAAGAGGGACGUCCACACCCAGUCUCACCUGGAGCGGCUGGUGAGCUUCAGAGCCCUGCACAGAAAUUUCCAGCUCUACUUGACCACAAACACAGACCUUUUCACUGACGGCUUCAAAGCUGUGUUUGUGGAUAAGAAUGGGAAGCAGCAGAAAUAUGAUGUUCAGCUUCAAAACUAUUUUACUGGGCACGUUGUUGGGGAGGAGAACUCACGAGUGCAGGCACACUUUGACGGAGACGAGUUUUCUGCUCAUAUCCUGACGGAUGAAGUUGAAUACAACAUAGAGCCCCUGUGGAGGUUUACGGAUUCCCCAGUUGAUGGCAGGUUGCUGGUUUAUCGAUCAGAAGACAUUAAGAAUCUGAGUCGGAUUGCUUCUCCAAAAGUGUGUGGUUACAUCCACGCAGACGCAGAGGAUCUUCUGCCUGAGAGCUCCAGGAGCAGAUGGGAAAGGCAUGAGGAGGUGGACUUCAAAACCGAACACCAACACAGAGAGAAAAGACAAGUCCACGACCACAGGAAGAACACCUGCUCCCUGCUGCUGGUUGCAGAUUACCGCUUCUUCAAACACAUGGGCCGCGGGCAAGAGAGCGUUACUCUCAACUACCUGAUUGAGCUGAUCGAUCGAGUCGAUGACAUUUACAGAAACACCACCUGGAAUGAUGAAUUUAAAGGCUACGGGGUUCAGAUCCAGCAGAUCAUUAUUAACCAGGAGCCGACGAAGCCUCCCUCCGGAUCGCCUGCUGGCUGGGUCCAUUAUAAUAUGGAGGACAGUCCUGUGAAAGGAAAAGAAGUGUGGGAAGUGAAGAAACUUCUGGAGCAAUUCAGCUUGGACAUCUCAGACAACGCCUCCUCUGUGUGUUUGGCCCACCUGUUCACGUACCAGGAUUUUGAUAUGGGAACGCUGGGGCUGGCCUAUGUUGCCCCCUCCAGACCCCACCCCCUGGGUGGCAUCUGCUCAGGACCUUACUACCCAUCUCAGUAUUCCAAGAAACCCAGUUUCCUCAACACGGGUCUGACCAGCACCAAGAACUACGGCAAAACCAUACUCACAAAGGAAGCAGAUUUGGUGACGACUCAUGAGCUCGGUCAUAACUUUGGAGCAGAACACGAUCCCGAUAACGUCGCUAACUGCGCUCCCGGUGACGACGAUGGUGGGAAGUUCGUUAUGUUUCCCAUCGCUGUCAGCGGAGACCAUUCAAACAACAAGCGCUUCUCAGACUGCAGCAGGGCCUCGGUGGAGAAGACGCUGAGUCUCAAGGCCCCCAAGUGUUUCAAGGAAAGGAACAGUAAAGUGUGUGGGAACUCCAGGGUGGAGCAGGGGGAGGAUUGUGAUCCCGGGUUACUCCAUCUCAACGAUGACCCCUGCUGCACCGCGGACUGCAAGUUCAAAAGAAGUGCUAAGUGCUGCGACAGGAACAGUCCCUGCUGUAAGAAUUGUCAGUAUGAACAAGCAGGAAAGAGGUGCCAGGAACCCAUCAGUGCCACGUGCAAGGGCCAGUCUUCCUGCACAGGCAACAGCAGUCAGUGUCCACCUCCUGCAAACGCUCCUGAUGAUACGGUGUGUGUCGACAAUGGCCGCUGUCGUAACGGGGACUGUAACCCGUUCUGUGAGGCUCUGCAGAACCUGCAGUCGUGUGCUUGCAACGAGACAAAUGACUCCUGCAAAGUUUGCUGCAGGGGAAAAGAUGGCACCUGUUCUCCCUUCAUCCAGACCAACAGCAGCUUUGUUUACCUUCGCAAAGGCAAACCCUGCACAGUGGGCUUCUGUGAUGGAAACGGGAAAUGCAUGAAGCAGGUGCAGGAUGUGAUCGAGAGGUUGUGGGAUUUCAUUGACAAACUGGACAUCAACACGUUUGGCAAGUUCCUGGCUGAUAACAUUGUGGGCUCAGUGGUGGUGUUUUCUCUCAUCUUCUGGAUUCCUCUCAGUAUCCUUGUCCACUGUGUGGACAAACAACUUGACCAGCAGUAUGAAGAGAAUGCAAAGACCUUCUACUACCCUCCAAGUCAGAUGGUGGAGGUUUGUAGUAGAGCUGCCGCCAUAGAGUCAAGAUAUGCUGAGCAACCUCGAGUCGGCGUCCGUCCGCAUCGUCAAGCCUCCUCUGCCUCCCUCCUCCUCCGGCGGCCAGACCGCGCCCUCCCCCCAGUCCCCGCAGCAGCUGAGCCAGGUUCGGGCCCCUCCCGCGGCCAGCAGUACCCAGGACCCCGGCCUGAGUUACGGCGCCACCCCGGACAGCGCAGGGGGGCAGCGGAUGGCCACCAUCCAGGAGGACACCAGCAGCGACUCUCAUCUGGGAGAGGAGGGCCUGCCGGACGCUUUCACAACCGCAGGAGCCUCCUCGUCGGCUACGAAGUCCUCCUACGAGGAUCUAACCGAACAGAACCCAUCGUCCAAGGAGCGGCGGCGCCUCAAGAGGCAGGAGCGCAUUGACACUAAAGAGACGGAGUGCUGAGAGGAAAUGGGUGGAUCUUUUUUGUUAUAGAAAAAAAACAUGCCUCUUAAUUAUUUAAGAAAACACACAAACACCCAGAGACACACACCUUUUAGUUUUCAUACAACAAACAGGUGUUUACAUUGUGAAAUGUGGAUUAUUGUUGAGUUAUACUACUGUGAGUUCACGUUUUUGUGCCUUUUUUUAGUUUCAGGAUGAAUUCAGGAGGAUCUUUGGAUUUAAGUAAAUAAGAUUAGCAGUUUUAACGUAGGCUGGAGAGUUAAGCAAGUGCUCCUCAGGAGGAAAAAGGAUCUAGAGCACAACAAUCCUGAAGCAUUCAUCAGUUUUCUGAGUUUAUGGAUAUAAACCGCGACUGUUUCGCUCCUCUUCAGCUUUGAAAAUUUUGUUAACAUGUGAUGCGAGCCGGAAAAAUCCAGACAGGAAGCGUUUCAGUGGGACGUCUUAAGAUGGGACACAAGAAUCGACGAAUUUAGUCUUGAAUCGAUUUUAAUUAUUCACUUUUUUUUAAACAUCUCUGGAGAAUUUAGGUUUUGAGCUUAUCUGAUGCUUUUGUUUAUUUUACAACACUGAGGAGUUUUAGCUUUGUUUAUUGUACUAAAGAUGGAAAUAAAACCGUAAACUGUACACCUCAGACUUCCAGUACAAAUCAGACCUGUCAUCUACAGAAAUACUGAUGAUUCCUGCACAAAACAAAAAUGGUGCCUUUAGAGGAAUAUUUGCCCAGUUCGUGCAGAAGGAAGUCAAACGUAUUCGUGAAUUUGAGUUGCUCAGAUAUUCUGGUUUUUCUACACUAGUGCCAAUGUGAGCUCUGCACAGGAUUUCCUGUUUGCUGUUACCUGCUGUCAUGUUUUCACUGUAAAUUUGUUUUUGUAGGUCAGGGUAAAGAAGCAGAUGGUGUUCAUUUUUAUACCAGAAGUGUAUAUUAUUAUUACCUGUAAGUGUUUGAUUUUCAACGUUCUUUGCUUGUAUUCAUGGUGCACAUCUCAGUAAAAAGGACCUUUAUUGCAUAUUUAAACAUUAACACAUUAUUGUAAAUCAGCUGUGAGACGAUCCUCUGCAGGUUGUUUAAUCAUUUAUGUUUUAGAACAAAUGCCCCCCUUCACUGGGUAGAGAGGAGGCUGCACUCGGGGCUCUUGGCAUUCACAUCUCCCCAGUAGGGCAGGAUGAAGGGCAGGUGGGCCAGACGACUUUCCAGUAAACCCCACAGGCGCUCGGCCACAAACUGGUUUCCCCUUUCUGAGAGAUGCAGCCCGUCAGACAGGUAGACGGUGUAAUCCUAGAGGGAUCAGGACCAAAUGUUAGCUGCUAUAAUAGUUAUAAAAUUAUACAUUUAGGCAUUUUUUUAUUUUUAAAGAAGGUGAAAAACUAAAAUGUGAAAAACGAAGGAAGUGCAAAUGUUUUAUAUUUUAAAUCUCAAAAGUUCUUGAACUUCUUUUUCAUUUAUCGACCAUUUGGCUACGAAAUAAAAGUCUAAAGUAAGAA